AUGGUUGUUACAGAGGUGAAUUUGUGGUUAAAUCUCAUGGACAUCAGGAAAGAGGUGAAAGACUUUCAUCUUGAUGCUCCGCUGUUGCCUUCUGGGAUUUACAACAGCUUUGAAGAGGGGGUGGUCGAGAGGUUUGGGGAGGUGAAGGACAUGGGCGCAGAGGCAGAAAUCGAAAAGGUCCAGAAAGAUGAAGACAAAGAGGAUGAGAAGUUCAUUGAUGUAGUCAUCAACAAGAACAUGAAACUGGGACAGAAGGUUUUGAUCCCUGUGAAACAGUUUCCCAAAUUUAAUUUUGUGGGUAAACUCCUGGGCCCUCGAGGGAACUCAUUAAAGAGACUACAAGAGGACACACUGACCAAGAUGUCCAUCCUCGGAAAGGGAUCCAUGAGAGACAAAGAAAAGGAAGAAGAACUGCGAAAGAGCGGAGAGACAAAGUAUCAUCAUCUUAACGAAGAUCUCCACGUGCUGAUCGAGGUGUUUGCGCCGCCCGCUGAAGCGUAUGCGAGAAUGGGACAUGCUUUGGAGGAGAUCAAAAAAUUCCUCAUUCCGGACUAUAAUGAUGAGAUCAGACAGGCUCAGCUACAGGAGCUGACGUAUCUGAACGGCGGCUCGGAGGAUGCCAAAGUCCCAGCGGCCAGAGGCAAAAGCAGCACACGGAGCAGAGGAACGUCAGCGCCAGGACCACACAGAUGUAGAGGGGGUGUUCCUCCUCCUCAGGCUGCAGUCCCGCGGGGGGUGGCGCCCAGAGGAGCUCCGCCCAGCAGGGUUCCGUCCAGCAGAGUAAGGGGCGUUCCUUCUAAGAGAGCACGAGGAGCUCCACCCCCACCUGGGUACAGACCUCCCCCUCCAGUGGUGCAGGAUACCUAUGGUGAAUAUGAAUAUGACGAUGGAUAUGGAACAGCCUAUGAUGAGCAGGGAUAUGACUCAUAUGACAACAACUACAACAAUCAGGCACCAAACUCAGAUGAUUAUUAUGAAUACAGCCAUGGUAUCAGUGGAGAAUCAUAUGACUCUUACGGCCCGGAAGAAUGGACAAACAACCGCAACAAGGCGCCACCAGCAAGGAAAAGCAAAGGAGUGUUCAGAGAGCAGCCGUACUCCCGAUUCUGACCUGCUACAGUCCUUCAUGUGCCCUCCCAAGUAAUGGAUUUUCUAUGGACUCUAUUUCCUUUUUUGCAAAUAAAAUCAACCAAAAUGACAAAAAUACAAAUAGUCGAAGAAGUCAAGGGGUAAAAUUAAGUUUCUGUGGAACUGAUUCUGUUGUAACAUGGACGACUCCCAUAAAUGGAUAUUACGGAUCACUGGAUUAUGUAGUUUAAAUCAUAGAACCACUCAGAAUUCAAAUAGACUUACUUAUGUGGGAUGGAGGCGGGCACUAGCGGUUAGCGGUGGAGUUACAUGGGGUGUACAGUGUUUAGAUUUAGCAGGUCAGUUUUUGUAGCUACUUUUUUUUUGAUGGGUGAUCAGCUUCAAUGUGUCCCUUGUAAAUUUUACCUUUAACUAGAGAAAAAAGUAAAAGAAAAUCAUUUCUGCACAUGUUGUUUUCCUUCCUUUCUCUUUUCUAAAUGGAAAGUUCUUCAGCGUUAAAGGGCUUAU